UAAACCGGGGGAAAGUUGUUUCCUGAACACUUGCAGUUCUGCAGCUUUUUUUCGCGUUUGUGUUUGUAUUUUUUAUAUAUAUAUAUCUGAACUCGAAGCAGAACCGGGGACAGGAGUGAACGCAUGGAGAGAGAGGAAAUAAUGCUGAAACGGACAUGAAGUAUCGUGUUUAUUAAAGAGUUGAAGACUUGAGCAUGGAGGUGACGAGCAAAGAGGACAGUCAGUCUGGUGCAUUGAAGUCGGAAGACGAUGAAGUGAAUUUACAACUCCAGCUGGUCGAAUGCCGAGCGCAGUUGGAGCACUGGCAGGGAGUGGCGAAGAUCUGUGAGCUGAGCAAACAGGAGGAGCUACAGGACCUGCAGAGACAGUGUGACCAGGAGAUACAGUCACUCCACGAGGCCCUGAGAGAAACAGCCUCUCAGUACGAAGCCAGAUUAUCUGCCUUACAAUCAGAGCGCGCUCAAUGGAGGAGAGCAGGGUUCAGUCCAGAAAACAGGGACAGCAUAAAGAAAGGAAGGAUAGAGAGCUCAUCUCCACCUAACGAGAGGCUGAAGAAGGAGUGCUCUGAGGGUGCAGCAGGAGAUGCCGAGUCUCAGGAGCUGCUGGCCGAGCUCUCUGACGCUGAGAGGACAGAACUCCAUAUGGAGGGCUUCUACACGCAGCAAUCCGACACCUCCUCUCUGUCUUGCUUCUCUGUGGAUACCCCAUCCUUGCCCCGCCGUAUGCCCCCUCAGGAUGACACUGCUUCCUUGGUUUCAACAGGAACUCUGGUGCCUGAGGCUAUCUACCUACCCCCUCCAGGACAUCGUUUGGUCACACAUGCAGACUGGGAUGGACUUCAAGCACAAGUAGCAGAGCUUCAGGAAGAAUUGACCCAACUGAGAGAGCAGAAGGCACAACUGGAGAAAGAGCUGGACACUCAGACAACAGAAACACAGAAACAGGUGGCAGUGCUCCAGUCCCAGGUGCAGACCUCUGAGACUCUCCUCCAAGAGCUGCAGAAAUCUUUUAGCCAAUCACAGAGCGCUGUGCAGAGCAGAUUGAAGGAGCUGUCACUGUCUCAGAGGAAGGUAUGUAGCGAGCUGUCCAGGCUGAAAGGCGGAGAGAUGGAAGAGAACACAGCCGGAGAUGACACUUCAGAGGUGUUUUCUCUACAGGGAGCACACACCGAAGAGAGGCUGCGUAUUGAAAUUGUCAACUUAAGGGAACAGCUGGAGAUGCGAACGGAAGAGAGCGAGGUCCUGGAGGUCCAGCUCUCCAGUCUCAAAACGGAGACGGAUCGCAUCCAAAGCGAAAAAGAAAAGCUGGAGAGUGAGCUGCAGGGGUGUCGCACUGAGCUGCACGGCCUCCGGGUAGCACUGGCACAUCUUCAGAGAGACGGCAAGACCCAGAACCAUGAGAAGACAGCGUUGCAAAAUCAGUGUUUAGAGCUGCGCAGUCAGGUGAUCAGUCUGCGCAGUCAGUUGGACACCAGCCAGGCUGUGCAGAGGGACUUUGUGCAACUCUCCCAGUCACUACAGGUGAAGAUGGAGCAGAUUCGUCAGGCAGAAUCUCUGGAUCAAGUCAGGCACAUCCUUGGAGAACAGCUUGAGGAGCAAAGCGACUCACUCAGCAGUGCCACAUAAGACAGUAGAACAUUAUCACCAUUUCUCUGGACCAAAGUGAAAAGGACUGCUUUAUGUCAUGACCAUAAAAAUGAACCAGUAUCAAGAGUAUAGGUAAUUAAGAGGCUACCAAACUUCGGGUUCUUAUUAACUGUGGUAAAUUCCGGAAAUUUUUACAGUAUCUGUUCUCUCACACAACUUUACUAACUUCAAUGUAGAUUGAAUCUCAGUGAGUUAGAGCUAGCCGAUCAUAACCUUACCAUGUCUUUGACACUGUAACCAGACAUCAAUUCACUUAUAAUAACUGUCCAUUGAAGCGGAUGGUGAAUAUCACUCUUAAUCACUCCAUCACCAGCAAAAACAUUUUACUCUUAACUUUAUUUGAUACCAUUCCAUUCUGCAAAAAAAGAGCUAUAAUGCAUUUCUCAUGAACAAAUCUCCAUGUUGUGUCAGUAAUCAAAUUUCCAGUUCUAACUACAACGAUUGCAUUACACCUUACACUGUAUAUCUAGUUAUUUUUACAGCAGUGUGCUGUAGUGGUAAAGGUAAAUUUGACAGUUAAAACUUUGUGUUUGUGUACAUGGAAACAACUUAAUGCUAAAGGUCAGCAUUGGCAUUUCACCAUAUACAACCGCCCAUAGUAAGACACCCAAGACCUCCUCGGGCAUGUUUUAUUCCAGGGCACAAUAACUUCUUUAUAUAUGAGCUUUUCUACACUGUGAUACUCUGUUACCUUAUGACUCCAUGUAAAAUAAAUGAACACUAGGCUUAACCUGGGGCCAAGACACCAGUUUUAUGAGUGCAUUGAUCAUGUGUUGAGUAACAUGAUAAUAUUUAUCAUAUUGUGUGCCAUUAUUGGCUUUAUACAUCAUACCACUGUAAAGUAACCUUUGGCUUCACAGCGAGCAUUGUCUGUCUGGUUUCACGUUCCACUUGGACAUGUUUUAUUAAAAAGCCUGUUUUGGUCAAAAGAGGAA